AUGGGUAAAUAUACAGAAGCAAACUAUGAUAAUGAAUUUAUAAUUAAAGUUAGAGCUCUCUUUGAAGAAAUCAAUGGAAAGACCAAACAUGGAGAAAAGAAUAUAUCAUUUGAAGAAUUUGUAGAAUCUUUUGAUCCAAAGAAUAAACAUACACGUAAUUGCUUUGAAAAUUUGAUUAGAGAUACAUGUAAAUCGAGGUUCUAUGGUACUGGCGCACACCAUCACCAUCAUCAUGGCGGUAGUGUACACGGUAGUAGUAGUAGUACUGGUAAUAAUACUAGCAAUAUCAACAUUGGCAAUGCAAACAUUGGGAUCAACCCCAACAAUCCAACCAGCAUCUAUGCAAGAGAAGGUGUUGCUAAUCCAUACUUUUACUCUGGAACACUUGUGCGAUCGUCACAAGACUCUUCUUCAUCGUCUCAACCAAUCCCAUUUAAUCCCUAUCACAGUGGAUUCAAUUCUAAUCGUAUCAUUCUUACUCCUGUCGACUUGGGUAGUCUACCUACCCUAGGUAACAAUACCAACAACAAUAAUAUCAAUAUCAGUAAUAGUAAUGGUUUGGGUGGACCAUCAUCAUCUGGAGCCAUUUCAUCUGCAUUGUUAUCAUCACCAAGAUCAUCGUCUUCUCCAAGACACCCUCCUACUUUAAAUUUGCAUCCUAGUUUGAAUACUGGUUUCCUAUCAACUCACAUAUCAUCACCAUCACCACCAACAUCAUCAUCAUCAUCUUCUACAUCAUCUAAUACUCUAGAUUAUUACAGUAAUUUAUUUUCAAUCAAUAGACAACACCUACAACAUCAACAACAACAACUUCAACAACAAUUAAAUCAACAACAACAAUUAAAUCAACAUACUAAUAAUAAUAAUAUUAAUCAUAUUAAUUCCUCUUCUUCUUCCUCUUCUUCCUCAUCCAAUACCAAUACCAACAACAACAGCUCUUCAAAUAAUAAUAAUAAUAAUAAUAACGAAUUAUCAUCACAACUUUUUAGAGUAGUAGGAAGUACAUGCAGAGGAGGAAGUAUCAUUAGUUGUAAUACUUCUUCUACUUCUACUACUGCUGCUUCAUUCUCAAGUUCAAACAAGAAAAAAAGACAAGUAAACAAAGAACAAAAAGAACAACAACAACAAGAAAAAUGGAAUACAACAACUCAAUCAUCAUCAAUUGAACAAUCUCGUCAACAACAUCAACAAGAACAUGAUCAUAAAGGAGGACCAACAUUAAAACAAAUGUUUAAAAAUGUUGGAAUGUUGAUGGCUAUUGCAUUAAAGGGAUAUACAUCGAUGCGUUUAAAUAUGAUAAAACACAAGUCUAUAUUGGAGAGAGCAAACUCUAUUCUCCGAGACCACGCUCAUAUCAUUUCAAGUGUUACAGGUGUACCCUAUGACGAAUCAAAAACAAAAGUAAAGAAUUUUGUAGUCUUUGCCAAAGGUUCACCCUUGUCUGUAGCACUUCAAACUAAAGAUGAUCCAAUCGUUAUUACUAUUACAUUAAUGGAACAACAACAAGAAAAAGAAAAGAAGGAAAAGGAAAUGGAACUAAAGAGACCAAGAGGAAGACCAAGAAAAAAGAAUGAACAAGAACAAGAAGAAUAUGAUGACGAACAAUUUGAAGAGGAUUUAAGAAAAAGAUUACAUGUCGAUAAUAUAACACUGGAUGCUGUCAUUAUUGGUCGUUUGGAAUCUGCAACUCAUGAUGGCGACACUAACUUCAUUUCAAGAUUCAAAAGUUCAUCCAAACAAUGGUUGGGUAUUAGCGAUGAAUCAAAUACGCAUAUCGACUCUGUCAGUCUUUUAUUGGAUAAUCCAAUCACUCAACAACAAAAGGAAAUCCCUCUUUGGGAAUCAGAUAGAAAUCAACAAUUAAAACAAAAUCAAAUGGAACAUGAACAAGAAUAUUAUUAUGACAAUGAUGAUCAAGAAAUUAUUAUUGAUCAAGAUGAUAAAGAUAAAGGUUCAAGUAAUUUUAAGAAUAUAAAGAAUGAAAACAAAAAGGAUGGUGAUAAUGGUGAUGUAAUAGAGAUUGAAAUUGAAGAUUACACUGAAAAACCAAAGAAUAAUAAAAGAAAAUAA